AUCACGAUAAGGUCACGGGAUAAUAGCCGUUUGAUUCAAACCCAGCUGUACAACCGAAGUGGAGAGUUUACGUUCAAGGUGUCCAGAUCAGAACACCGCUCGUGACUGCUGGCGAUGGAGUGUGAGACAGCUUAGUCACCUGGUGACAAUCGAGGCCGAACGGGUGGCUAUUUAAUCCACUCGCAGUUGCUGUUCACUUGAUUCGAUACUCUUCCUCGACAUGGAUUCACUGGUCAGACAAAAUUUUUCUCGGGAAUGUGAAGCCGGCAUCAACAAACAGAUUAACAUGGAGUUGGAGGCUUCCUAUGCCUACCUAGCUUUCGCUAGUUACUUCGACCAAGACAAUGUGGCGUUUCCGGAUGCCUCAAAGUUCUUCAUGAAAAUGUCUCACGAGGAGCGGGAGCACGCUGAAAAAUUUGUCAAAUACCAAAAUCUCCGUGGAGGUCGAGUAGUAUUUCAGGAUAUCAAAAAGCCAGUUAAGGCAACCUUUGCAACUUUACAAGAGGCGAUGGAAACAGCUUUACAAAUGGAGAGGGCAGUAAACGAGUCACUGCUACAAUUACAUGCUAUUUCGGAAGAACAAAAGGACCCAGCGUUCCAGGAUUUCCUGGAGAGCGAAUUCCUACGAGAACAAGUGGAAUCCAUCAGGGAGUUCGCUGGCUACAUUACGCAGACAAAACGCAACGGACCUGGUCUGGGAGAAUAUCUUUUUGAGCGACUUACUCUUCGCGAGUGAUGCGCUGUUUGCACGUGAAUCCAAAUGUAUGCAUUAUUCCCU